UAUGCAUCCGAAAUGACAUUUUUAUGACGAUCAACAAAUUUGAUUUUUUAUUUUAGUAAUUAAAUAGAAAAUAAAAUGGGAGAUAAAGCUAAAGCUAAAAACAAAAAGAAAAAGAAAGAGGAAGAGGAAGAUGAGGCACCAAAAUGUGACACACGCAACUAUUCAAGAUAUUACGACACGCCUGAUGGGUGCAACGUGGAUACGAAGAUCAUGGUUGCCAGUCGUUACGGCAUCGUCGCUGGCCUCGUCGCCGGCACUUACGACGUGCUCAUGUAUUCCCACGUCGUUGGUUUGUCUCCCAUAAUUAUGCGGUAUGCUCGCCAUGUAGUUCCUCUUGGCCUCAUGGGCGCUACUUUUGCAGUGGUUGCCAAUGGUAUGCUGCACGCGAGGUAUGCCGAUGACAAGCUUAAUUAUUUUGUUGGAGGUGCAGCCUGUGGACCUCUGGUUGCCUUGUACCUUCGCUCUAAGCACGGGCUGGUUCCUGGCGCGCUGGCCCUCGGGAUGGCAGGGGUGGUGAAGAAGGAAGCAGUUGAUAGAGAAUUCACCUUACUCCCCGCCUUACCCAAUCACAUGAACCUGGUCAACGAGUGGCGACACGACUGGACAAUUAUUCCAGAUCCCCGUGACGAAAUGCGCCACACUUGCGACGACGACUUUGACCUCGAUGAUGAUGACGAUGAAGAUGAAGCACCAGGAGGGAAGAAGAAGAAAAAGAAGAAGAAGAAGAAAAAGAAGAAAAAGGUGUGUUAGAGCGAAACAGAGAGAGAGAGAGAGAGAGAGAGGUCCCGGGAAUAUUCACUUUCCUU